AUGAGCAUCCGUCUGAGGGAGCUGAUCCGGCAGGUCCGCGGGUGCAAGACCGCGGCGGACGAGCGCGCGGUGAUCGCCACGGAGAGCGCGGCCAUCCGCAAGGCCAUCAAGACGCCGGACGGGCCGUACCAGUACCGCAACGCGGCCAAGCUCAUGUACAUGCACAUGCUCGGGUACCCCACGCACUUCGGGCAGAUCGAGUGCCUGCGCCUCGUGUCCCGCCCGGGCUUCCCCGAGAAGCGCAUCGGCUACCUGGCGCUCAUGGUCAUCAUGGACGAGCGCCAGGAGACGCUGAUGCUCGUCACCAACGCCAUCAAGAUGGACCUGCAGUCGCGCAACCCCGCGGUCGUGGGCCUGGCGCUGAACGCGCUGGGCAACAUCUGCUCGCCGUCCAUGGGGCAGGACCUCGCGUCCGAGGUCGAGCGCCUCCUGCGCGCGCCCAACCCCAACGUGGUGAAGAAGGCCGCCCUCUGCGCCCUGCGCAUCGCGCGCAAGGUCCCCGACCUCGCCGACAUCUUCGUCGCGCCCGCGGGCGAGCUCAUCGCCGACCGCAAUCACGGCGUCCUCCUCGGCGCCGCGGAGCUCAUGGCCGCGCUGGCCGCCGCCUCGCGCGAGGCCCUCGAGGCCUACCGCCGCCGCGUGCCCGCCGUCGUCGCCGCGCUCCGCUCCCUCGUCGUCUCCUCCGUGCCCGGCAGCGCCCGCGACUACGACGUCCAGGGCAUCACCGACCCCUUCCUGCAGGUGCGGCUCCUCAAGCUGCUGCGGCUGCUGGGCGCCGGGAGCAAGCGCGCGUCGGACGAGAUGUCCGACCUCCUGGCGCAGGUCGCGAGCAGCGCGGACCUGCAGAAGCAGGCCGGCGCGGCCGUGCUGUACGAGUGCGUGACCACCAUCAUCGGCGUCGAGUCCACGGGGUCGCUCCGCGUGCUCGCGGUCAACAUCCUCGGCAGGUUCCUGGGCAGCAGCGACAACAACAUGCGCUACGUCGCGCUCAACCUCCUCGGGAAGCUCGUCGGCAAGGAGGCGCAGGCCGUCACCCGGCACCGCGCCGCCGUCAUGGAGUGCGUCCGCGACAGCGACGUGUCCAUCCGCCGGCAGGCGCUCACCGUGCUGCACACCCUCGCCACGCCCGCCACGUGCCAGCCCAUGGCCGACGACCUCCUCGCGUACCUCGCGGCGUGCGACCCCGAGUUCCGCCCGCACCUCGCCCGGCACCUCUGCGCGAUGCUGCUGCGCUGGGGCCACACGGACCGCGCGUGGUACGCCGCGUCCGUCGCGCGGCUCCUGCGCGACGCGGGCGAGCACGUCACCGAGGAGGACGCGCGGCAGGUGAUCACGCACGUGGCCCGCGCGGGGCCCGACGCCCAGGCCACCGUGACGCGGCUCCUCCUGCGCGCCGCGCUCGAGCACCGCACGCUCGACGCGUCGGGCAUGCUGCUGCUCGUCGCGGUGUGGUGCGCGGGCGAGUACGGCGCCGACCUCGUCGCCGCGGGGGGCGCGCCGGCGCAGGACGCCGUCGGGCUGCUGCGCCGCGUGCUGUCCGGCGCCGCGCCCGCGCAGGCCAAGGAGUACGCGCUGACCGCCGCGGCCAAGCUCGCGGCGCGCUCCUCCCAGGACGCCGCCGGCGCGCGCGAGCUGCUGGCGCCGCUCAAGUCCUCGCCGGCGCUCGAGGUGCAGACGCGCGCGUGCGAGUACGCGCGGCUGCUCGAGGCCGGCAGCGACGUGUCCGCGGGCGUCAUGGACCGCAUCCCCGCGCUCGAGGGCAACAGCGCCACGCUGUCCACGCUCGCCGCCGCCGACGACAUCGCGGGGCUCGCGGCGUCGCCCUCGGCCGCCAUGGCCGCGGGGAUCGCGCACGAGGGCGGCGCGGACGCCCUCGCCGACCUGCUCGGCAUGGACCUCAUCGGCGGCGGCGGCGGCGGCGGCGGCGACGUUGUUCAGGCCCCCCCCGCGGACCAGCAGCAGCAGCCCUCGGGCGGCGGGGGGCUGGACGACCUGUUCGGCGGCGGCGGCGGUGCGCCCGCGCCGUCAUCGGCUCCCGCGCCGUCGUCGGCUCCCGCGCAGCCCGCGCUGGGGGGGCUGGACGACCUGUUUGGCGGCGGCGGCGGCAACGAGGAGGAGAGCGUCGCGCCGACGCCGCCCGGGGUGGUGGUGUACGAGAAGAACGGCGCGACGAUCCGCAUGGACUUCGCUCGGAGCGAGGCGGAGCCCGGCGUGGUGACGGUGACGGCGCACGCUGUGCCGUCGGGGCCCGAGCCGCUGACGGGGUUCUCGCUGCAGGUGGCGGUGCCCAAGUCGAUGCAGGCGUCGCUGGAGGCGCCGUCGGGGACGGAGGCGCGGCCGGGCGGGCCGCCGAUCACGCAGCGCAUCACGGUGCGCAAGCAGGACCCCGCGCGGCCGCUGGCGCUCAAGCUGCGGGUCGUGCAGACGCGCGGGGGCGCGCAGGUGGUCGACAUGGCCGCGGCGACCAACGUGCCCGCGGGGCUCUGA